AUUGAUGGCCCUACCUCCUGCACUACUAUUGGAGACUUUGGGGACCAUAAACUGGCCUGUAUUCUAGUAAUGGCUAGAAGUCCGAGCUGCAGCACUCUAGCUUCACUGCUUGCUUUAGUCUUCCUCGUCUUACUCCCUGUGACAUCUUGGUGUAAGGCGGAAACCUACAAAUCAACAACAAAGGGGAAGGCAGAGUGCUGUGUGAGUGAAGAUGCAGAGCUGAAGAGGUUUGAUGACCUUGACUAUGACAGCUUUGUGAGUCUUAUGGGGAGGAGAAGCGAAGCUCAACCAAACAGUCAUAAAAACACUCUGACGCAGAGAAAAGGACACAUCAACCACAUCCUCACUGACUUGUUGGGCCAGAAAAAAGGAUUCACUUUGCCAGGUCCUGAAGAAUAUCAACAGACACAAAGACGUUUUACUGACAGUGGAAGGCAGAGACCUCAACGCAUUUUGUAGAGGAGCCAUCAGGCCUGCACAACCUCCAUCUCUCAGUGUCUAAACAUCCUCACAGCUACAGAGGAGUGUAUCAUGUGUGUUAGAGUUUUAGAAUCUCAGCCAUAUUAUUGUGCAUGGAUGCUUUUGUACAGUCAUUGGGAAAUGGUCCGACAUGAAAAUGUGAUAUGUGAACAAAUGUAAAACAACACAAAUGUACAAUAAAAUAUGCAUUUAUUUAUAGUGAUUAAGGUACCAAUCAGUGAAAACAAUCCCACACACUGAUAACCUGUGCUCACAUACUAACACACUCUCAUUUACACUCUCAAAGGUCUUGACUCAAUCCAGACAUAGAUACCAACAAAAAAACAUGUCAAACAUAAACACAGAGCUGUACACAUUUCCCUUUAAUACAUUUGAA